CAGCCAUUUUGCUGUCAGACCAGAGACCAUAUCCUGUAUGUUUUAAUCCUUUAUCUCUGGAAUUUCUACUCUUGGGCCGCUGCUGUCCUGGUUGCAUUAAGGUUGCUGCUUUUCCAUUAUGUUUGGUGGGUAUGAGAAUAUAGAAGCAUAUGAAGAUGACCUUUACCGAGAGGAAUCAUCCAGUGAACUGAGUGUUGAUAGUGAAGUGGAAUUUCAACUCUAUGGCCAAGUACAUUAUGCACAGGACCUUGGUGAUAUCACUAGGGAGGAAGACAAUGAAGAAAAGAGCUGUGGGCAUCCUGAGUCAUUGAAUAUUAAAAAGACAAACCAGAAGAACUUAAUUGUUCUUUCAGAUACUGAUGUCAUCCAGAUAUCAGAUGGUUCAGAGGUCAUCUCUUUGUCUGAUGAAGAUAGUGUCUACAGAUGUAAAAGAAAGAACAGAGGAAACCAGGUACUGGAAAGUCAAUGUGAUCAGCAUUCUGAUGAAUUGUCUAGAAAGAAAUGUAAGAGAGGUAUUAAGAAGUCAAAACGUGGAGAGAGAUCUAAUGUGAUUCAGGAAGUUAUGGUUAUAGAGGAUAGUUCAAAUGAAGAGAAGGAGAUUACUAUCUCUGAAAGUGGAGAAAGUGAUGUGGAGAGCUGGAUGUUACUGGAAUGUGAAGUAGAUGACAAAGAUGAUAACAUUCUUCUCAACCUUGUGGGCUGUGAAACCUCUGUUGAUGAAGAAAAAAAUGAUGUAAACUGGUUCAUCAGUGAUAAAGAUCUUGAGGCCCAAAUAAGUAAUAAAAGAUCAUCUGGUAAACGAGCCAGCAGAUACUACUAUUCAGCUGACAAAAAUGUCAUCUGUAGAAAUUGUGAAAAACGUGGUCAUUUGUCAAAAAACUGCCCUGUUCCACAGAAAAUACGUGCUUGUUGCCUGUGUGCCGAGAGAGGACAUCUGCAGUAUGACUGCCCUGCUCGGUUUUGUUUAGAUUGUUUUUUGCCUGCGUGUUACUCCCACAAAUGCCUUGAAAGACCUUCAUGGAAAAAACAUUGUGAACGGUGCAAUAUGAAAGGUCACUAUGCUGAUACUUGCCCAGAAAUAUGGAGGCAGUAUCACCUAACGACCAAACCUGGACCACCCAAGAGGCCAAAGACCUAUUUUGGACGAUCAGCCUUAGUAUACUGCUACAACUGUUCUCGGAAAGGCCAUUAUGGAUAUGAGUGCACAGAAAGACGGAUGUUAAGUGGAACGUUUCCAACGGUACCAUUCAUCUACUACUAUGAUAAAGAGCAUGAUAUCCGGGAACAAGAACAGAGAAUACAGUGGAAAGUAGAAGAACUUCAAAAAAAGGGAGAUUUUCCAAGACCAGUCAAGAGACCCCGUAUGGAAUCAACAAACAGGAGUCCCUACCAUGGAAUAAAGAAGAGACAUACCAUACAGGAAGACUACAAAUGGCAUCAAGAAAAGAAGUAUCUCAGAAGAACAAAAAUGAGCAAUUGGAGCAGUAGAAGCCAAGAAAAAAAGUCCCGGAGGGAUGUCCAGAGGUGGUAUGAUGCAGAUGAGGACUUCAUCAGAGGACCCAGAAGUCACUCUUCAUCUCAUAGACCCUCCUCCCACUUAGGCUACCAUCAUCAAAAGAGGAGUGGAGGGGAGCUUUCCAAAAGGGGUAAAUGGGAGAAGUAUAAGAAAGGAGAGAGAAAAAGAGUAGAUGAUGAGGAAGGUUUAUUCCUUAUUAAGCAGAGAAAAAAGAAAUCAAAGCUGAAAAACAGCUGCUAACAUGGCAGUUGUGUGAUAAUCUGGCGUCUUUGUCUGCCUGUGCCCUGGCAUUGUGUUUUCUUACCUCAUUAAAGAAGUAAGAUGUGUUUAUUCCAGUUCUAAAGAAGCUAAGCUCACUGUCAUUGAGCUCUUGUCUUCUGUUUUUAAGCAAUUGAUUUGCUUUUCUCUGUGACCAACAAGUUGUUUAUUGUGUGAAAAGGUAAAGAGGUAAAUUAGUUUUCAAUUUUCAGGACUAUUCCUAUUUGAUAAAUUGUACUUUUGACUUAGAAGCCUGGGAAUGAGAAAGCUUAAUUUUGUGGUGUUGUUAUUUGUUUGUUUUUUUAAAGAAGCCCUUUUAAAUAUACUCUACCAAGAAAAAUAGUUUAUGAAAUGUCA